AUGGGAAGACACUCUUGCUGCUACAAGCAGAAGCUUAGGAAGGGACUAUGGUCACCAGAAGAAGAUGAAAAAUUACUAAGGCAUAUAACAAAAUAUGGCCAUGGAUGCUGGAGUUCUGUGCCUAAACAAGCAGGUUUGCAAAGAUGCGGUAAGAGUUGCAGACUUAGAUGGAUUAAUUACUUAAGACCUGAUUUAAAAAGAGGAACAUUUUCUCAAGAUGAAGAGAAUCUCAUUGUUGAACUUCAUGCAGUAUUAGGCAAUAGAUGGUCUCAAAUUGCGGCGCAAUUGCCGGGGAGGACUGACAACGAAAUAAAGAAUUUAUGGAACUCUUGUUUGAAGAAGAAACUGCGGCAAAAAGGUAUAGAUCCUGUAACUCAUAAACCAUUGAGUGAGGUUGAGAAUAAUGGAGAGGAAAAUUCCAAGAGUCAAGAGAAAACGCGGCCGGAGUUAUUGUUAUCAUCUCCGAAUGAAUUGAACCUUUUGAAAUCGGAGAGUUCUAAAUCAGAUGCGGCUUCCAGCUAUGAGCAGAGAACAUCAUCUUCAAUUUCGCCCAAAGAUUAUGCGCUAGAAAUGGAAGGUUCUUGCAACAAAGAGUUUUUCAUUGACAGGUUCAUGACUUCGAACUCUCACCACUCGGAUUUGAUGGGAAAUUUUCCGAUUCAGAUGAGUUAUACGAACAACGAAAAUGAUAGUAACCAUUGGUUUAACCAAACUGGAAAAACUUUUGAUGUGAAAUAUUCUGAUCAGUUUCAUUUCAAUUCUGCUACAGCGGCAACAACUAUGUUUCUUCCUAAUUCUUUUUGCUGCAAUAAUUCGCUCGAUAUUUCUCCGUCUGUGAAUGUUUCUACCGAGAUGAUGAAAAGUGAUAGCAAUACAUUAAACUUGCAAAACAACAAUUUUUCUUGGGGCGGAUUGAUGGAAAAUCAUCCUACAGAAGAAGCCAAGUGGGAGAAUAAUGAGAAUAAUAAUGACUACUUUCACAAUCCGAUUUUAAUGUUGGCUUCUGAAUCGUUAUGCAACGGGAUAAAGCCGCAAAUGAAUUUAGUGCCUGAUAAUUUCGGAAAUAUUUUGCCUCAUACAAAGCACGAAACUUCUAAUAUAUUUUCUAAGGAUAUUCAGAAACUCCGAGAAGCUUUCGGAGAUAUGUGA